AUGUUGCCUUCGGUAGCCGCUAAGUGUUUCUACAGAAAAUUAAGUAGACAUUCAAUAGAAAUAAAAUACUUACAUUCAUUAUGCUUUGGUGGACCCAGGAUAUUUCGACGAGAUAUUAUACAUGAAAGCAAGGAGCUAUGGCGAUAUGUUCACAGUUCAGCAUACCUGUUGGAUAAGGCCAAUUCUAAAAAUGUUCUCGAGUCGGAGAAAGUUGUGGCUGAGAACGAAAAUGUCAAUAAAGUAAUAAAACAGAGUCCGACUGGCGAUAUCAUAGUAAAAACGGAGACUGAUGCAAGUAAAGUGGUAACUAAGAUUACAAUCGCGAAAAUGAAGCCACCAGAUAAGUCAGCAGAAGCACCUCCCCCAAAACCAGCUAAGAAAAGACUUUUAAUAGAUUUUUCAGCAUCUUAUACUGAACGAAAUUUUAUAACUCCCAUGAGAGCCAUGACAGAGUAUUUACUGAAGCAAUCUGAUUUGGAGUCUUUACCCAAAGUUCUAAGAAGGUCUCCAUAUGAAUCUGAACCUCCAAUGACUGUGCACUACCGCAAGGAUGUAGAAGCAAAGGCAUUGGAGAUUUGGGGAUCAAAGGAAGCUCUUGAAAAGGAACUAUUGAGAAGGGAAUUAGAUAGAAGAAGAUAUGAACAAGAUGUGUUUACUGUGAAAAGGAGGCUAAGAAAUUAUAGAAGAGAAAUGAGCCACACACGUCUUAGACAUGGAGUGGAAGAGAUGGGACUUAAAACGAGGUCUGGGAGGGUUGUACUUACAGCAGUCGGAAUAAACUCCUGUAACUUCUUAUUCAAACUAUGUGCAUGGCUGUACACUGGAUCACACAGUUUAUUCUCUGAAUGCAUCCACUCGCUGGCUGACACUGUGAAUCAACUGAUUCUUGCAUAUGGGAUACAUAAAUCUGUUCAAAUGGCAGAUCCAGCUCACCCAUAUGGCUAUACAAAUAUGAGAUAUGUCUCCUCCCUCAUAUCUGGUGUUGGGAUAUUUUGUGUAGGAUGUGGCCUAUCUUUCUACCACGGAGUAACUGGUAUAUUAGACCCUCAACCCCUCCAUGAUUUUUACUGGGCUUAUUUCGUUCUUGGCGGCGCUGUAGUUUCUGAAGGCGCUACGUUAAUGGUAGCUUUGAAUGCUAUCCGAAAAGGUGCCAAGGAGGCCAAUACGUCAGUAUUCGAAUACAUAAUGCGUAGCUCGGAUCCAUCAGUAAAUGUAGUACUUUUGGAGGAUACUGCUGCUGUAGCUGGCGUUAUCAUAGCGGGAGGGUGUAUGGCUUUAUCCCAGUAUUCUGGCAACCCAUUAUAUGACGCUGUUGGUUGUAUCCUAGUUGGAACUUUACUCGGUGGUGUAGCCUCUUUUAUCAUUUUGACGAAUGUUGGCGCCCUAGUCGGCAGAUCAAUACCGCAAGAGCAACUGGACCAAAUAAACAGCGUUUUAGAACGAGAUUUUAUGAUAAGAGCCAUUCAUGACGUCAAGGGCAUAGAUAUAGGCAGUAACCUAAUAAGAUAUAAGGCUGAAGUUGAUUUCGACGGCAGAGCUCUGACAAGGUCGUACUUAGAGAAACACGACUUGAACGCAUUAAUGGAGGACAUGAAAAAAGUUGUCACUGUUGACGAUGUAGAAGCAUUCUUGUUGAAACAUGGAGAAAAUAUUGUAGAUAUGUUGGGCGGUGAGAUUGAUAGAAUAGAAUUAAAAUUACGGAAAAAGUUUCCGCAAAUCCGGCACUGUGAUUUAGAAAUACUUUGA